AUUUGGGGCAACGGAUGAUGGUUCAGUCCCAAAAUCGGCAAAUCCGCUGAUUUAUUUUUUCUACAAAAGAUAACCCAUGGGUCCCAAGCUAUGAUGUUGCUUUUGAAAUCGUGAAGAAAUUGAGAGGAGGCUGGGGAAAAAGAGGAAGAGAACCAUGCCGGCGAGCGCCAAGAGGAAGGGCAGGGCGCCGGGAUCGAAAUCCGAAGCACCUUCGGGCCGACGAGGCGGCGGAGAUGGUCCGGAUCUAAUCAGCCUCCUUCCGGACGACCUCCUCUCGUCCGUCCUCUCCCUGCUCCCCAUCAAAGACUCUGCUCGGACCAGCGUCCUCUCCACCCGGUGGCGCCACCUCUGGACCACCGCCUCCCUCCACCUCGACAGCGACUGCCUCCACCGCAACAAAAGACCCAGCGCCUCCUGGACGCCGCGCCACCAGGAGGCCUGGCGCGCCCGCGCCGUCGACCAGAUCCUCUCCGUCCACCGCGGACCCCUCCCCACCUGCCAUCUCGCCGGCUAUUUCCUCGACAACCCCACCAACGUCGACACCUGGCUCGAAACCCUAACCCGAAGAGGCAUCCAAGACCUCUCCUUCUUCUGCCAUCACGAACGCCGCUUCGGCGAGGAGCAGUGCUUCUACCGCCUGCCCUCUUCCCUUCUUACCUGCAGCUCUCUUAUAACCUUGAAACUUACGAAUUGCCGCUUACCGGAAUUUCCGCGAUCCCUUCCCGCCUUCGUUAACCUCAGAAACCUAUUCAUGCAAUUCACCGCCCUAUCCGACGACACCUUCCGCGACCUGCUCUCCAACUGCGGCUCCCUCCAGCACGUAGCUUUAAUCCACUGCGCAGGCCUCCGCAGCCUCCGUGUUCGCUCUCCGAGUCUCGACAGCUUGGUGCUGAAGUGCUCGUCGCCGGACUCCGGCGACUCGAUCGAGGAGCUCAUCAUCGAAGACGCCCCCAAUUUCAGGCGCUUGAUGCUCCGCGAGAACGCCUUGGAGUAUUUGCAGGUGGAGAUUCUCGAUGCCCCAAAGCUGGAGCUGUUAGGCUUCGUUUGCAUGGACAUCAAGAGGUUGAAGAUGGGCGGAACUUGCUUUGAGAUGAACAGAACGGUUAGUAGCUUGAGUAGUCGGGUGCGUAGUCUGAAAACGUUGGCCAUUAGUGUGAUCUUCGACGAUGAUAGCGAGGCAGAGGUCGUACAUGACUUGCUCAAAUGUUUCCCUUGCUUAGAAACCUUGGAUGUUCGGAUUGUUUUCUUGGAUGAUCCUCAUGAUGGCGAUUCAGGGUAUUGGGAGCAGCAGGGUUCCCUUGAUUGCUUUGAUUGCCAUCUGGAAAAUGUCACCAUGAAAGGUUUCGAAGGGCAGAGCACUGACCUAGGGUUUGCCAAGUUUAUUAUUGCGAAAGCACGCGUGCUCAAGGAGAUGACUCUUCUUUGCGCAUCUGAUAAUUGGAGAAGAGAAUGGAUAGAAAACAUACAGCAGCAGCUGUGCCUUGAGAAGAGUGCCUCCCCGGAUGUAGAAGUAGUUUUAAUGAAAGAUCGAUAUCGAAUUGAUGAAUUUUCAACCUGGAAUUUAGUAAUUAAUGACUGUUUUAGUGGAAAUGCAAACAUCCAAGAUUAUUUAAAAUUAGUGGGCACAAUCCAAGAUUAGUUUGGUGAUUCAAGAAAUGCAACUGCCAGUUUAAAUAAAAAUGAAGAGGGAGCUUGGCAUGUGAGGACUUUGAUAGCUUAUUGCUACCAGCUUACAGAGGAAAUUUCUGGUGUAAAAGUCUAGUCUGCACCCAAGGGUACCAACUGGACUGCUAUAAUAUGGAUCGAAUGCCGGAGAAAUUAAUGUCUGGAGCGAGGUUUCCCUGCAGGAGCUAAACAGGCUUUUGGGUUUUGAUAUAACUGAAAUUUAUGCUAAAGUACACUAUGUAGGGGUCCAACUGACAAAAAUCACCUGCCAAAAAAAAAUGAAA